GGGUAUGUGGUAUGUGGCAAACAACAGUGGUCGCACGAUAGAAGACUGCAUAUAAACAUAUAUACAUAGGAUUAUGAUCGUCUGGCAACUCUAACAAACUUGUGUCUCUAUUUGCUUGUGUUAAAGAUAGAUUAAAAGAAGAUGCAAUUAAACAGCGAAUUUAAGCAGUGGUUUUAAAUUUUAACAAAGCGACUGGAUUCCACCAAUGACACAGCUCUUCAGUGCUUAUUAUUUGCUAAAGAAUGGCUCUUCAGAAAAUGUCUGGGUCAGUGUAUGUCGGGAUGUGUCACGAGAUAGGGACUCCACAACAGGUGGCCUCUAGGCGAAACAGAAUUGAUGAAUUAGAGUUACUUGUGAAUCAAGAAUUGAAAGAUGAAUUCAAAUUACAAUUAAUGAUGAGUGGAAGUAGAAAAGAAGGAUUCAGAUUUCGUGGUUCAGACGUAGACAUUAUGUACUGGCCAACUGAUCACCAGGUGAUCUGGGACUUUUCUCAGAUUCGUUUUAACAACAUACAAAGUCAUGUACCGGUUUUCUGCGACAGUUCGGAGAGUCCACCAGGGUUCACUUUACUUAAGAUACCGGUAUCAAAAGAAUGCGCCUUCUUUUUGAAUCGGUCUUUAAAAGAUGCUUUUUAUUAUGUAAUGAAAUCUUGUGUAGAACACAAUAAACAGCUUUGCAUAUCAAGUAGUAAAUACAGGGAGAUCAUCCAAACGAUAUCGUUUCCUGGUUCCGGAAUACAUGGACCAUGUAGUAGUGGGACACUUGGGGGUGGAAUAGAAUAUGACCAAGCCUAUUGUUUUGUCAGUAAGCUUUGGCCUCCCUCUGCCUCCAGUUGGAAAGACAGAUGUCUUUCAUGGCCCUCGCCUGAUGUUGUCGAUGACAUUGUUAGAAGCGGAUGUCAUUUUGUAGCAAUAGGACACAAACUAGGAAACCAUGAAGACAACGAAUGGAGAAUUUCAUUCUCUCAGGCAGAGUACAAACUUGUAUACUCGAUGAAUCACACACAAUUUCUAAUUUAUGGAUUGUUGAAAGUAUUCUUAAAGGAAAUAAUAAACAAAGGAAUUAGAGAUGAGGAAAAACUACUGUGUUCCUACCACAUGAAGACAGCCCUAUUCUGGGCUAUUCAACAAAACGCUCUAAAAAAAUGGUCUCCUCAAAAUCUCUUGGGAGGUUUCUGGGUUUGUUUCAAACUUCUCCUUAAAUGGGUUUAUGAGGGCGCCUGUCCAAAUUUUUUUAUUCCAGCAAACAACAUGUUUCUUAGCAAAAUAUUUGGUAUGACACAGCAAACCUUCUUUGGAAAACUGAACGGAUUGUACGAGAGGGGAAUUGGAAUACUGUUAAACAGUGAAUCCAUACAAACAUACAUGAUCAGUGUUCUCUGUAAUCCGAGACUCGAGGUCUGUCUUGAUGUACAGAUCAGAGAGGUUGCAUUAGAUACAGAGAUAUUCCUUGACAUUGCUGGAAUCGAUGUCCUACAUCUCAGAAGCAUUGGGCACGGUAUCAGGAUUCUGCAGCACCCGAUUCUACAGAGUAUAUGUUUUACAGGUUCACAGUUUCAAAUGGCCGUGUUACAGAAACUUGCAGCCACUAUGUUUCCAGCAUUUGCCUUUCUAUUGUUUAACACAUAUUCUAACAAAGGUGGUAAUAAAAUGAUGUAUAUUGUUGAUAAAAUAUCGUGUCACCUGUUAAAACUAGCGACCAAGUGUGGUAUUAUCAAUGGCAUGUUGUACAUCGCCAUGUAUUAUUACAAAACUUGCAGAUACAGGGAAGCUUUAUCUAUAAUAGAGAUGACAAAGGUCAAGUUAUCACAGCCAUGUUUGAUGUAUAAGAGGCAUGUAAAUCUCGAGAGUUAUACCAAGGCUGUUGGUGGAAAAUCUUUGUCUACAAAAAUGAGACAGGCGCUUUUAUGGGAUAUUCCACUCAGUAAUGAAAUCUGUUAUAUCAGCGAAUUGCAACCAGAACAGCAGCAUGAAACAAAGUAUCAUAUGCAUUCUCCUUUAUUAUAUAUUCCACAUGUUGUACUGUUUCACAUGCUAGAGUAUUUAUGCUAUCGACAGGUUGAUUACAUUAAGGAAAAAGAAGCUCUAGAUGAUCUUGAGUUCUUAGUCCAUCAUGAUCAGGGACAGUUUGUACCUGAACAACUUAGAGACAUCUCCUGGGAGAUUUUGGGAAUCUGUCAACAGAUGGCAGGACACCUCCAGGAUGCUCGGUAUUCAUACGAACAGUCACUCAAGCAAGACCAUUACAAUCAAAUAGAACACGCUACCAAACAGAGAAUCCGUGAACUAAAUAGUUAAUAUCAAGUUAACUGUCGUACCCUGUUGAUCAGAGUAUUUGUUGUUUGUAUGUAAUAUUUGCUAGGAUGUUGUGCUAUGAGAACAAUUGCAGUCUUAAUUUAUUCACAGAUCCGACUUAAUUUUGACAUUAUCAAGUUGGAUACCUGAGCUAUCAAACAGUUGUUUAAUUGACAUUGGACUUUUUUUGCAAAGAAAUCGAAAACUCUGGAUGUUCUGCAAUUAUCACAACAUGAUCACUAUAAAAUCAAAUACAAAUUGCUUACCAAUAAAGUUUCUAAAAUUUACUAAUUAAUAUAACAGUACACAUUCGUUUCAGAAUCAUUUAUAUAACAAUCCAUAGAUCUGUACAUUUUCCUGUAGGGUACCUCUGAUUUUUAUUUUAUGAUUACAUCCUUUUUGAUGCCUCAAUUUUGUCACUUCAGGUGUUGGUCAAUAAUGGACUAUACUCGGGCUGUUUAGUUUGUUUACUUUGAUACUAUAAAUACCCAUGUUUGCAGUAAUAGUUAUAGUCACCGGUGUUCCGGUAUUCAACAUCAUACCACCCGUGUAACCUCCUUCCGUCAUCUCAGGACGUGGUACAUGAGAAGGACACAUUGGAGGGACAUUAGAAGGACGCAGAGGACACUUAUACAACCAUAGGAGGCCAUAUGAUGGAACUGUUAUCUUUAAAAAAAAAAAUCGGUCAAUAUUUUUUUUGUAAAUACAUGUAUGUAUAUUUAUAAUUUAUUGAUUUUAUAAAUAGAUA